CGGGAACCACAGCACGAACCCCCCCUCUCUAAGGAAGAUUUCGAAUCAGGAAAGAAUCCUUGUUUAGGAUUCCUUAGCUGGGUACUGAAUCAGACCCCAGGUGAAGGGAGAUUCCUUGGACGGAAUGCUCAACACAACAGUAUCCAGCUAAGCAGCUGCAGAGCCAUAUAAGAAUCUCUCCCCCUCUUUCGAAUCUUCAGGGGGCUUGCAUUGCAUUUCGGGACCUGAAUCUCUGAUCAUCACGCCACGGAGGGUGUUGGGUCCUUCUUCAUUGUGCUGUAGAUAAACACUAGCGGAUCCCGAGAGCUCGGCAGGGAGAUUCCGGGCUCGUGAUUGUUCGGUCGGGUGUUCCGAUUCUUGAUUUUUUGGCUUCUUGGGUGUCCCCGGAAAGUGAUUCCAAGAGCUCGGCCGGAAGUUUCAAGGAACUCCAGUCAUCAUAGUGUUUUCCAUUUCCAGGGGCAACCGAGCUCUUUAACAAUGUAUCUGGUGGAGAGUAAAGGAGGUGCGAUCGGGUGCAUGUUGCUCUCCCUCUUCUUCUUGGGCACUUGGCCUGCUAUAUUGACUCUUCUCGAAAGGCGAGGCCGCCUUCCGCAGCACACUUACCUUGAUUACACGAUCACCAAUCUCUUGGCUGCUGUGAUUAUUGCUUUCACAUUUGGCGAGAUCCGCGCAGGAACACCAGAGGCGCCGAAUUUCUUGCAGCAACUUUCUCAGGAUAAUUGGUCAUCGGUUCUAUUUGCAAUGGCGGGUGGCAUUGUUCUUAGCCUCGGGAAUCUUGCAACCCAAUAUGCAUGGGCUUUUGUUGGUUUGUCAGUAACAGAAGUCGUCACUUGCAGCAUAACAGUCGUCAUAGGCACGACCCUGAAUUACUUUCUGGAUGGCAAAAUAAACAGAGCGGAGAUUCUUUUCCCGGGAGUUGGUUGCUUCCUGAUUGCAGUUUGUCUUGGCUCUGCUGUUCACGCAUCAAAUGCUGCUGAUAAUAGAAGAAAGCUGAACAAUCUUCUAGGCAAUGGCAAAGUGGACGCCAGGGCUAUUUAUGUAUAUAAUGGCACAACAGCGAAUGAAGGGCCAAAAGAUGUAGAAAAUGGGAAUGAAUCCACAGAAAAGGCAGAAGUUGGGACUGCUGAUUUUCUGGUCGAAGUAGAGAACAGAAGAUCUAUCAAGGUGUUUGGAAGAAGCGCCAUACUUGGACUGAGCAUAACUUUCUUUGCUGGAUUUUGCUUCUCUCUUUUCUCACCAGCAUUUAAUUUGGCAACAAACGACCAGUGGCACACGCUGAAGGAAGGGGUUCCUCACUUGUCUGUAUAUACAGCAUUCUUCUAUUUCUCUGUAUCGUGCUUCAUUGUGGCCAUCAUUCUAAAUAUCAGCUUCCUUUACCGGCCGGUGCUCAAUCUACCCAAAACAUCAUUCAAGGCUUAUUUGAACGAUUGGAAUGGCAGAGGAUGGGCUCUCUUGGCGGGGCUUUUGUGUGGAUUUGGAAAUGGUCUGCAGUUUAUGGGUGGUCAAGCUGCAGGCUAUGCAGCAGCAGAUGCUGUUCAGGCACUUCCACUUGUGAGCACCUUCUGGGGCGUAAUCAUAUUUGGAGAAUACCGCAGAUCAUCGAGGAAAACCUAUGUUUUACUUUUUGGUAUGCUGUUUAUGUUCAUUGUGGCUGUUGGAGUCCUAAUGGCCUCAUCGGGGCACCGUAAAUAAGCCCCACUGCUACAUUGCCCUAGUAAACAGAGUUUCGAUGGCCAUAUAUAAUGAAAAGGCUGGAUGUAGCAAUUGGAAGAAAGCCAAAAGCAGUACGUAAUCAAUCACUUAUUGAUUGGUCUUGGUAAGAGGUGGCUCAAAGCAAUCCGGGUUGGAAAGAAACUACAAGUAGAUACCAGGACAGGGGCUUGAUCCCCAUUGAUUAGGAAGGGGAAGUGAAUGUCCAAAAUAUAUAACUAAAUUUCUUCUGUUGACAAGCAUGACGUGGAUCUAUUAGUCAUGGACCGUCAGUUCAGUUCUUUUGCUUUGUAACACAGUUCGGAUUGGUAGUGCAUUAAAUUUCUUUCCCUUGGUCAUGUCAGUUGAAUAAAUGUAUUUAGAUUGCUUUCAAUAAUUGUCGAUACUGCAACUUGGGGAAAGAAGAAAAAAUUGCCAGUGGGAAGCCAGGGAGCUGAGAUUCCUGUCUCCACUGUUUAGUAUGAA